CGGCAGCCAAUGCCAAAAUCGAGCCGUCUGUUGCUCGGCUGUUUUCCGGCCUAGAUACUCCCCCUACACCGCACUUCGGAAGGGACGAGGAUCGCUUCGGCCGCUGAAGGCGAAGGUGUUGGGAGAGGGGGCGCGGCCUCGCGUGGGGAGCGCGUGGCUGGCCCCGCCUCCUCUCCUCCUCCCGCGAGGGAGAAGGAGGCUCCGGCUGAGAGUUCUGGCAGUGCCGGAGAAGAGAGCAGUUGUGGCUGCGGUGCUGCCGCUGCGCUCGCGAAGGCGUUUGUGAGGGGCGCGCGGGAUGAACGGGGCGGCCUCGCGCCUGUUCGAUUGCAAGGAGCGCGCGCUGCUUCUGGGCGACAGUUUUGAGAGGCAGCCGCGUUGCGCCUUCCACACCGUGCGCUAUGACUUCAAACCUGCGUCAAUUGAUACAUCCUGUGAAGGAGACCUUGAAGUUGGUAAAGGUGAACAGGUGACAAUAACGUUACCAAAUAUUGAGGGUUCAACUCCACCUGUAACAGUUUUCAAGGGCUCCAAGAAGUCAUACCAAAAAGAAUGUGUAUUGAUUGUUAACCAUGACACUGGAGAAUGUAGACUUGAGAAACUGAGCAGCAACAUCACUGUGAAGAAGACCAGAGGUGAAGGAAGCAGUAAGGUCCAGUCUCGUAUCGAGCAGCAACAGCAACUAAUGCGAAGUGCAAACAAGAUUUCAAACAGUGUUAAAUGUUCUACUCCCAAAGAAAAGAUGUCUCCAACUUCUCCUAUGGAUGAUAUUGAAAGAGAGCUCAAGGCAGAAGCUAAACUUAUAGAACAGAUGAGUAGCGAUGAUAGUUCGUCAGAAUCAAAGAGUUCAUCAUCAUCUUCAACCAGUGAAAACAGUUCUAGUGAUUCAGAAGAUGAAAAGCCAUCCCUUCCUUUGUCAAUGCCGCACUUGCAGACACAGCCUCCUGUGUCUGCUAUAUCACAUCAUCAGACCUUCCAUAAUAUCGAUACUGGAUAUAACAGAAGUAAAGAGAACAGCGGACACGUGAUGAACACAUUGCGUAAGGAAUGAUCUCCAGUUAAGUGAAUCUGGAAGCGACAGUGAUGAUUGAGAACAUCUUGGGAUUAUAGAAAUGCAUCAUGUCCCUUCUUGAAGAUUUGAGAAGGCACUUAUUUUGCACUAAGUUUAUAUUGACCAAGAGAGAGGACUGUUACCAACUUGGACAAUAAAAGUGACUUAAUUUUUCUGAUUGUCAUUUAAAAUCAAGUUCAGCACAUUCCCUUUUCCAUAACUUAUUUUAAUGUGGCUCUACCAAAUAUCUGAAUUUGGUAUUUAUUCUUUUUAGCCAGACAGAGUCUAGCCUUUACUACUACCUCUUGUACUUAAACUUUCGGUCGGCUAAUUAUUAUGUAUAAGGUAGACGUGGAGGAAGUUCUUGUUUAUAAUAAACACAUUUUUGAUUAAGGUUUACCUGGGAACCUUUAUAUGUUUGUGUAAGUACAAGGGAACAAGCUGUUGAGGUCUAUAUUUUUAAUUCUUGCAGCUAAUUAUGUUAAAUAAAUUGCCAAACAAUAUGGCCAACAACCUAAUAAUGUGGUGUAAUUGUUCAGCAAUGGCAUUAACAAAUUCUUAAUUUCCUUGUAUAGCACAAGUUUUAGUCUGCAGUCUGUCAAAUAGGACUUGAUAGACUUUGGCCAUUUGUGUAAACUUUGAUCAACUUAUAGCUGCUUCAGCUUGCUAAUUAGAUAGUUGCACAACAUUCUGUUCAGAUCAACACAUUCCUUUUAGGAAGAUUUCAUAAACUUAAUAAAAUGUUAUCAUUUCAA